AUGAAGCUCACAACCGCCCUCCUCGCUCUCAUCCUGAGCUGCUCCUCAUCUGCUGCUCCUCUUCAACCUAUGCACCAAGACGCCGAAAUUGACAAACGCGUCGCUCCAGCCGUCGCAGCUGGCAUAUUUGGCGUCGCUGGCGGUACAGCACUGAACGCAGGUCUCACCGGCGUUGUGAAAGGUACCACCUCCGGCACAGUCAAGAAAUUCGCCAACAAGAUCUUGGGCAAUCCUCACUCGAAGCGUCAAGUUGAUCCUGUUAUCCCCACCGAAGAGGUGUGGUCGUUCGAGGACUUGGAAGCGGUCUUUGCGAAAGCGACGGUGGAAGAACUGUUUACUAAUGCGAAGGAGGAAGAGGCAGCAGUGUGUGUCAGUGUGGAGUAUGAGGUGGAGCAUGAUGAGAAGACAAGAGAGGUCGAAAGUGUUGAUCUGGGGAAUGGGGAGGAGAAGGCUGUCUUCGAUUGCUUUCUGCUUGCUGGACCAAGCACUUUUAAAGUCUUGGGGCAGAAGAGCAACUCCACUGUAAUGCUAGAUGGCGGACCAUUAGAAACGAGUCCACGACGCUAA